UGAAGGAUUCCUCGGGAGAGUGGUUACCCUCCAGUUUGUUGUGUGCCAGUUCUCCAUGCAAAAGGCUCUUCAGCGGAGGAUUCCUUGUGGUUUCACUUCUCGCCUUCACGGCUUGCCUGCGGGAGCGCUGUUCAUGGAGGAUUCCUCACGAGUCUGCUGAAGUUUAUUAUUUACUGUGAAUAAAACCUUGAACUGUUCCUCUGCUCUUGGGUCUCUUUGUCUCGCUCUCGCUCUCUGACAAAACAAUCCAGCCAUGUUGGACCCAGCAGAGGAGUCUACUCUUCUUUCCGCCCAGUCUCAGCAGGGAGCUUUUCUGGGACGUCAGCAUGAUCAAAUCUCUGCUAAUUACCGGGCUCUGGUGAUGAUGGCAUUGCAGCUCGCUGAGCUCACCUCUGUCAUACAACAAUUCCACCAGUCUCCCGAUACCGGCCUCACCCAGAAAGUGCCCUAACUGACUCUGGCAAUUCCCCACGUUUCUGGACGCUUCGAGCCCUGCCCCAAUCCUCCAGCCCUUUUCUCAGGUGAGGCGGACUCUUGUUGCACCUUCCUUAAACAAAGUGCUGUGUACUUCUCAUUGCAGCCCUCUGCUUUCCCGUCGGAGUCAGUGAAGGUGGCAUACGUCAUCACACUCCUCACCGGAAGUGCCACUGUUUAGUCCUAGAAUUUGCCACGGAGCUCUGCCGAGUGUUUGAUCCGGCCCUGCUGUAGUGUGGAUCAGCCAGUCAUGCUGUUUCUGCUUUGGUGGAUGCCUGAGCUGAAGGGAGCUUCAAGAAUAUCGACGUGGUGUCCAAGUUGCAAGUUCUGAUGGUCCAGUUUGACGAACCUAUCACUGCCCGGAGGAGGCUGAGGAGCAGCCGGGCGUUCACCGCCGCGGAGGCCAUUCCCCUGCUGCUGCCAGCGCCCACGUUCACUGAAGCCGUUCCCCUGCUGCUGCCAGCGCCCACGUUCACUGAGGCCGUUCUCCUGCCGCUGCCAGUGCCCACGACCACGGAGGUCGUUCCCUUGACACUGUCUGUGCCCACGGCCACGGAGGCCGUUUCCCCUUCCCUGCCUGUGCUCAUGACCACGAAGGUCGUUCCCCUGUCACUGUCUGUGCCCACAGCCUCGGAGGCUGUUCCCCAGUCCAUGUCGGUCUUCACGGCCACAGAGGCAGUUCCCUUGUCACUGCCAGUGCUCACAGCUACAGAAGCUGUUCCCCUGUCACUGCACUGCCUGUACUCACAACCAUGGAGGCUGUUCCCCAGUCCAUAUCGGUCUUCACAGCCAUGGAGGCUGUUCCCCUGUCACUGCCAGUGCUCAAAGCCACAGAAGCUGUUCCCCUGUCACUACCUGUGCUCACAGCCACGGAGGACGUUCCCCAGUUGCAGCUCUCUGUGCUCGCGGAGGCCUUUCCCCUGUCACGGCCAGUAUCCAUGGAGGCCAUUCCCCUGCCGCAUUGGUCCUGUCUCGUGUAUCUGUUUGGUUGCCCGUCUCUGCCCGAGUGUCAGGAGUGUGGUUUCCUUCCAGUCUGCUGUACACUUGUUCCCUGCCUCACGAAUCUGCAACGGAGGAUUCCUCGUCUCUGCCCGCGUGUCGGGAGAGUGGUUACCCUCCAGUCUGCUGUGCACUAGUUCUUCAUUAAAAAGGCUCUUCAGCGGAGGACUCCUUGUGGUUCUGCUCCUCGCCUUCACAGCUUGUGCUCACCUGUGGGAGCACUCUUCACGGAGGAUUCUCACGACUCUGCUGAAGUUUAUUAUUUACUGUUAAUAAAUCCUUUGAACUGUUCCUCUGCUCUUGGGUCUCUUUGUAGUGCUCUCACUGUUUUGUCAAUACUUUGUCUCAAAGAACUUGCAAGAAAUUGGUUAGUCAUCAUUUAUUUUCAUUAUUUAAAUAUGUUCAGGUUAAAAUGUUCAGGGGGUUUUUUGCGGAUAGAAUUAAUUUGACACAUUUUACAGGUAAUAAUCUUUGGUAUAAGUAUAUGUAUAUAUGCCAUAAAAUCAGUGGACAUGCUGUAAUUAGAAGUUGGUCAAAAUCUUCUGGCUUUCAGAUGAAAGCGAGUGAGCGUUUUCAGGCAAUGCAAAGAGAUAUGGCAAUUGGUCCACGCCUGGUUCACUGCUUGCACGUGAAGUCUCCAUUCUCUGUACAGUAAAUGCACGGUGUCACCACCAGUGUCACCAAACAGAAUUGCAAAAAUAAUCACCUUAAAAUUAAUAGCCUUAGAAUUCAUUAUAAUGAGUUGUUAAAACUAAUUUAGCCUAACCUUAUUAAUUUCGUGUUAAGGAACUUUUAAUAUAUUGUUCCCUUAUAGAAA